AUGGCGCGGGCCGGCGGCGGGAACGGCAGCGAAGAGGCCUGGGGGGGCACUCCGAGUGCUGCAACAGCAGCGCCUUCUUUUGAGGGAGCAGUUUGGAUAAGAGCUGAAGGAACCCAGGUUCGCGCCCUGGGUGCCAUCCGUUAUCACCCACCGCGAUCCUAGCUGCUUCGUGAAGUGUGCCCAGGAAUAAAUAACCAGCCCUACCUCUGUGAGAGUGGCCACUGCUGCGGGGAGAGCGGCUGCUGCACCUACUACUAUGAGCUGUGGUGGUUCUGGCUCCUCUGGACUGUGCUCAUCCUCUUUAGCUGUUGUUGCGCCUUCCGUCAUCGCAGAGCCAAACUCCAACUGCAGCAACAGCAGCGGCAGCGGGAGAUCAACUUGUUGGCCUACCACGGGGCGUGCCAUGGUGCUGGCUCAGCCCCUGCCAGUUCACUGCUUGACCUUCGCCUCCUCAGCGCCUUCAAACCCCCAGCCUAUGAAGAUGUUUUUCACCGACCAGGCACGCCGCCACCCUCCUUACACCGCAGCCCCGGCUUUCCCUUGACUACUGCCUGCGACUGCACCUGCCGCUCCUCCGCAUCUGGCUGCCCUGCUCACUGUGAGGGACCCAAUUCUGAAGGUGUCUCCUCUCAUCAUGCUGCCCCCCAUCAGGAGGAUGAGCCAGGGGUCUGCAGGAGCCUGGUCCCCACACCCCGGUCUUGCCGCUCCCGCCGCCUGACUGGUGACUCAGGCAUCGAACUCUGUCCUUGCCCUGACUCUAGUGAGGGGGAGCCGCUCAAGGCGGCUCAUGCCAGCCCACCCAACAUGGGGACCCAGUCUCCUUGUGUGCUGCCCCUAGACCCUACACCCCAGGUUUCCCCUGUGGGGCUGGCAACUGGUGAUGACAACAUUCUGUGAGCACUGGGAGAAUGGCAUUCUGGACCCUGCACCUUGGGUUCUCUGCCUCUCCCUGCCCUCCCAUAUUCUGCCCCAAAGUGCUGGCACCUUGAUGGCUAGGGGACAGUGUUUGGGGGAAACUCUGAACUCAGCCCCUCAGCACAUACACAGGAGCCUUUGAUCUCAUUAAAGAGACGUGAACCAGCUGCUUGUGA